UCUCUCUCGUUCCCUCUCGGUGUGUGUGUGUGUGUGUGUGUGUGUGUGUGUGUUUGAGUCUGCACCGACCUGAAAGUCCAGUUUCUCCAGGAAUUAUCGCCGAGGAGGCCAAAAACCUCAUCAUGUCACAGGACACAGACAAUAAGAGGCUGGUGGUGGUGGUCCCUAAUGAUCCCCUACAUGGGCGUCGAUCGUACACCAGUGAAGAUGAGGCGUGGAGGUCGUACCUGGAGAAUCCGCUCACUGCAGCUACUAAAGCCAUGAUGAGCAUCAACGGGGAUGAGGACAGUGCUGCUGCUCUGGGACUGCUGUACGAGUACUACAAGGUUCCUAAAGAUAAGCGAGUUCUGCCUAUCAGUAAAGUGCUAGAAGAGACAGAGGGACAGCAGAAAAGCGUAACUGACCCCCCAUCAGUAGAUAAUCACGUGCAGGUGUUGAAGUCUGUUCCGGUGAAUCUUUCUCUGAGCAGCGAGGCUCAUGAGUCGAAGCGGGACGGUUUUGUGGACGGUGGUCCCGUGGGCACAGUGAAGGCUGAGGUGUACGCUCCCGUCUUCAUGACCUCCAGCCUUCAGUACCGCAGUGAGAGCGAGGAGCAGGCAAGGGCAGUGUACGAGCAGAACACACACACACUGAGCACCGAUCACACUGAGUAUGGCAGAGACACACAGCGUAGCAGCCCUGACAGCACUUAUGACGAUGAGGACUCCACUGCAGAGAAAUAUCGUCCCUCAUCACUCGGAGCCAACGAGUUCAUCUUUGAGCAAUCAAACAUAGACACGUUCCAGUACACUUUGGAUGCCACGAGGUCUCUGAGACAGAAGCAGGGUGAGGGGCCAAUGAGUUACCUGAAUAAAGGACAGUUUUACGCUGUGACACUGAACGAGACGAGCAGCAGCAAACGCCUGAGACACCCCAUCAGCAAAGUGCGGAGCGUCGUCAUGGUGGUGUUCAGUGAAGAUAAGAACCGAGAUGAACAGCUGAAGUACUGGAGGUAUUGGCACUCGCGCCAGCACACGGCUAAGCAGCGCGUCCUCGACAUCGCGGACUAUAAAGAGAGCUUCAACACCAUCGGGAACAUCGAGGAGAUCGCCUACAACGCCGUGUCCUUCACCUGGGACAUGAACGAGGAAGCUAAGAUCUUUAUCACAGUGAACUGCUUGAGCACAGACUUCUCCUCUCAGAAGGGAGUGAAGGGUCUACCGCUGAUGAUCCAGAUCGACACCUACAGCUACAACAACCGCAGCAACAAACCACUGCACAGAGCCUACUGCCAGAUCAAAGUGUUUUGUGACAAGGGGGCGGAAAGAAAGAUCCGAGACGAGGAGAGAAAACAGAACCGCAAGAAGUCCAAAGGGAAGGACGUAGGUGCUGGGGCAGUGACUCCGGCCAAAAAGGGCGACAGCACAGUGUUCAGGACGAUGACAGAUCUGGACUCUCAGCCCGUCCUCUUUAUCCCUGAUGUGCACUUUGGAAACCUGCAGAGAGCCGCACAGGUUUUUGCCUUCAACACCGAGGAGAUCGAGAGAGAAGGGAGUGUAUUAGUAAAGAGAAUGUUCCGGCCAGCGGAGGAUGACUGCUGCCCUUCACCUCAGAAACAGCUCCGAGAGGAACAACAGAAAAGAGUGCUCCUGUACGUCAGAAAAGAGUGUGACGAGGUGUUCGACGCUCUCAUGCUGCGCUCGCCGACGGUCCGGGGCCUCAUGGUCGCGAUCUCAGAGAAGUACAACGUGCCUGUGGAGAGGAUCGCUAAAAUUUACAAAAAGAGCAAGAAAGGGAUCCUGGUGAACAUGGACGACAACAUCAUCGAGCAUUACUCCAACGAGGACACGUUCAUCUUGAUCAUCGAGAGCUACGGCGACGCCUACAAAAUCACCCUGACUGAGAUUUAGAACUACAGGGUUUGGGAACAUGACGAGUCCAUUUUCAUUUCAGUCUCAUCCCAGAUCAGACAGGACGUUCUCUCCUGUCUGUAAUCAUCAUCAUCAUCAUCAUCAUCAUCAUAAUGAAGUGGCAUUUUAUAGUUGUUUGUUACCUGAAUUCAGGACGAUGCCAAGGAGGAACGUUUAUAUUCCAUACAGUAGAAGUACUUCUACAUGUUUUAUGGGCAUUCUGAUCAUUUCACGGCCCUUUUUAAAUAUUAUUAGUAUUUUUUUAAAUAAAAUGUGCAGAAAUUCUUUAUUCUUAUUUUUAUUUUUUUUCCCCUAUUCAGACAAACAGCUUUAUUUUUAAACUAACAUGGAUCUAUUUUUUAUAUUUUACCCAGAAAUGUAAUCAGUUUUUGUAAUUCGAAGAAAAAAGGAAAAAACGUGAAACUGGACUGCAGGAAAUACAUUAUAUAUAAAUAAUCAUACAAAGUAAAAAGGAAAAAGAGGACAGGUGUGUAUUUCAGAUAGAAUGACUGAGUGAAUUAAAUAAAAUUAAAAAAAGAAAGUUAAAUAUUACUAACAAUCAUCAUCAUCAUCAUCAUCACCUGCUCCUCGUUCCUGCUCUCCAGACGGCUGUGUUUUAUUAAUAUAUAGGAAUCUGGAUGUUUUGCUGUACAGGGUUUUGUAUCAGUUUAUAUGUUUGUGUGAUGAAUUUAAUUUUUUGUAGAUUUCAGACGUAGCUGUUUCCACAUCUGGGGUGUUUAUGUUGUUGUUGUUGUUGUUGUUGUUUGUGUUGUUUUGCACACAUCGAUGUGAAUUUGCUGAUUUCCUCCCGUAUUGAAGCUACACUCAGCCAUUUCCUGUACGAGUAUGAAAACUAAAUCUUAUUGUGUGUGUGUGUGUGUGUGUGUGUGUGUGUGUGUGUGUGUGUGUGUGUCCAGUCAUUUCCUGUUGUAAGAAGCUAAACGUGAGGUUGUUGUAUUUUCGUGUCAGGAGUGUGUAGUGAUCGCUCUGACGCUCGACUCAUCAGUGAAGAUUUCAUAUUUUUGUAAAUAAAUUUUUUUGUGCCAUCAAA